CAAUUCUGACAGUUGAUAACUAUCAGACCAUCAGAAGUGCUUACAUGAAAGUGUUCCUCCGCAUUCCUGAAUUCUACUCUUUGAUAUUUUCCCUUCCAUUCCAAUCGAAGUUACCACUGAGAAGUGCAGUUGUCAUAUCCCCGUUCGAAACAGCUCGGAUCGUCUCGCCACGAUGCCCACCUUCAAUGAGUCCGUGCUGGAGCUCAUGUUUCUAGCAGCGAAGAUAACCUCCCCGGGAGAUCGGGUACGAGUGACCGAAUGGAUCCGUAAGUUGGUCGAAACGAAUGCCGAGAAGAACACCCAUCCGAAGCUGGUGGAAGAGUAUCUGGACUAUCUGAAGCUACUGCUUUCGUCCACGCCGAUCUACUUCGUGGAUCCCUUCAAAGGUUACCCACCGAAACAGCAACCGUUGGUUCCGCUGGCCGAGGCGUUGGGAAUUGCACUGUGCAGUAAGUGUCCGUUUUUGCCCCCCUGUGGACCCCUGGCACCGGUGGUUUUGCAUCGAUCCGGCGAUGACACGGCAACCAUUUCGGUCCACCGGGAUCCGGAUGGCGAGGUGUUUUGCUAUAUGGCGAUCGCUCCGAGGGAUCCGUAGGAGAUGGUUUAUUUUACACAUAUGGAAAUUGUAAU